AUGGCUGCAGAGGCUGAGGGCCAGCUGGAGCUCUGGAGGGUGAAGCACCAACUUGAGGCCGAGCGCGAACUGCGACGGACAGAGACGGCAAUGCGCCAAAAGCUGGAGGAAGCGUUUGCAAGAGGGGAGCAGCAAAGAGAGCAGGCAACUGUUCUGGCGCCCGUGUGGAGUGUACCGACGCUGCAGGAGCUGCAGCAGCGGAAGCAGCAGCUGCAACAGCUCCAGCAGCAGCUGCGGCUGAUGACGGAACAGCUGCAGCAAAAGGCUGUGGAACUGCAACAGCGGGAAUGCCGGCUGCAGCAGGAGCAGCAAAUGCUUGCUGCUGCUGCUGCUGAUGCCGAGCUGCGGCUUGCUGCUGACUGCCGCCAGACCAAGGAAGCAGCGGAGCACGCCCUGCGUCUGGAGUCGCAGCAGCAGCAGUUGCUGCAGCAGCAGCUGCAGCAGGCUUCGGCUGUUGCUGCUGCUGCUGCUGCCCGUGCUGCAGCAGCAGAAGCAGAAGCAGCACAAUGCAGAAGAGAACUUUGCGAGUCUCCUGUUGCGCAUUUAAAGGCCCAGCUGCAGCUCAAAACCUACCAAGCUCAGGACCUGGCCCAAAAGCUGGACAUAAUGACAGCUUCUCGCAACCACUUUCUCAGGAGCUGCUCGUUGCUGCUGCGGCAGCUGCAGGCCCUCAAAGAA